UCUGCAAAAGGCAGAGAGGAGGAGCCACGCGCAAGCCGCUCCCGGUUCCAGCUCCAGCCCUCGCGAAGGCGGAGCCGACCCCGCAGAGGGUUGGCCCGGCGCCGGCACCUCCAGGCUCAGGCUGCCUGCUCCGCCGCCGCCGCCGCCAUGCCUAAAGUGGUGUCCCGUUCCGUGGUUUGCUCCGACACGCGCGACCGCGAGGAGUACGAUGAUGGCGAGAAGCCGCUGCACGUCUAUUACUGCCUGUGCGGGCAGAUGGUGCUGGUGUUGGACUGUCAGCUAGAGAAGCUGCCUAUGAGACCGCGAGACAGAGCCCGUGUGAUUGACGCUGCCAAACACGCACACAAAUUUUGUAACACCGAGGAAGAGGAAAACGUUUAUGUCCGCAGGCCCGAAGGCAUUGAACGGCAAUACAGAAAAAAGUGUGGAAAGUGUGGACUGCUCCUUUUCUACCAACACCAGCAGAAGAAUGCCCCCGUGACCUUCAUUGUGGAUGGGGCUGUGGUCAAAUUUGGGCAGGGCUUUGGGAAGACCAACAUCUACACACAGAAACAAGAGCCACCCAAGAAGGUGAUGAUGACCAAACGGACGAAGGACAUGGGCAAGUUCAGCUCUGUCACCGUCUCCACCAUCGAUGAAGAGGAGGAGGAGAUUGAGGCGCGCGAAAUUGCUGAUUCGUACGCACAGAACGCCAAGGUGAUUGAGAAGCAGCUGGAGCGGAAAGGGAUGAGCAAGCGGCGGCUGCAGGAACUGGCUGAGCUAGAAGCCAAAAAGGCCAAGAUGAAAGGAACUCUCAUUGAUAAUCAGUUUAAAUAAGAAGGGCCGAAUUCUGGCCAGAGCCGAGAAGCGUCAUUUUUGGAAAAGGAAGAAACCCACAGCUUUUUAAUCUUCCCUUCUUGGUGUGCAUGAGAAAUCCAGACACAAAAUGUUGGGUGCCAGUUAUGGAAGAUGGGGUUGUUCCAGUUCCGAGAUGGAUUCUGCAUUUUAUUUUGUAUCCUCGGUCUGACAUUUUCUGAAACCUUUUCAAGUUGCUUUUCUAGGAGGUUUCCACCCCUUCAUUUGCUGGCUUCCUCUGCAGGCAGCCUUCUGCCAAGUGUGUGGGGCAUUAACAUGGCUCAAAUAAGCUGAGUUAUUUUAUUUUUAAAUAUUCAUAUGUACAUAGGAGGCCUAUGCAUCUAAAGUUUGUAUUGCCCAAGUGGAAACUCAUUGUACAGAAAAUAAAUCCUUGCUAAGUGAU